AACACUAUAUUUAAAAUAAAAUGUCGACGUAAAAUACAUACUUCGACCAUACGUGGUGAUUCAAGAGGGCAAUUCGUAGUGUUCACAGAUCAAAGUCCAAUUUACAAGAAAUAUUCUACAAACAGUGGGUAUAAUUUAGUCAGUGGUUGCGCUAUCAAGUAAACGAGUGAGCGACAAGAGUGCGUAAUUUGCAGCUCGGCUAUCGGUUCGGUCGGCAACGGCUUCAGUUAGCGACAGACAUUUGCCAGUGAUAUCAGCACUCAACAACACAAGAAUAUUUCUUAAUUUUAUUCAAUAAAAUAUAUAUUGCACAUUACUAGUGUGUUCCAUUUGGUAGUUGAGCAGAGAAAUCGGCCAGUUUAAAUAUGGCAAUGGAAGUGGGUACAUCACCGACUGCACUGUCCCAGUUGCAAUCAGUGCAAAAGGCCAUGGCAUUGCCCACAGUGGGUGCAGCUGUGGGGCAAGUUGGCGCAUUCUAUACCAGAGUUAAGGGUGCCCACUCUUUGUUAGAAUGGGUGUUAUCAACUGCAGAAGCCAGCGUAUCCCUAGCCGCGGCGACUGCAGCACCGUACGUGGCCAGCCCCUUGGCCGCUGGAGAUGCGAAGGUGGCCGCCGUCAUCGAUGAGCUCGGUCGUCGCGUGCCCAUUGUCAACGAACAGCCCAAGGUCAUUGUGGAGACGACAAAACAAGCUGUCAUAGCGAAGUUAUCGCCGCAUGUUAAUAAGGUGUUUGUUGCUCGUGCGGCGGCGGAGCAGCGAGUUCACUCGCUAAAGGAGCUAUCGUGGGCGAAGGCUAACGCGCUGCUGAGCACGGCGUAUGGCCAGCGCGCACUGCACAGUGUCGAUGCAGGCGCAUGCUACGCCAUGAAGCUGCUAGACCAGUACCUGCCGCCUGUUGAACCUCAGCCCGACCACAUCGGUCAGUCUUUGCCUUUUACACAACGUGAGAUAGUGGAGGCAGAGCGAGAUCCCGCACUGCACACAGUGCAGACAGUGGGGAGGCUGAGUGCGGUGGCUGCGCGUCGUGUCUGGGCCAAUCUCGCAGCACGCGUCAAUCAUCUCAGAGCUAAUGGUAUAGAAUUAGAUGUACGUCGUUAUAUAACAGCAUUACUUGCUGCGGUACAUCUCGCUACAGUCACCAGCGAGCAGCAGGAGAGAGAGCGAGAAACAGAGGAUGACAAGCCUCGCCCAGCUGAUCCUGCGCCUUCUGCACACGCCCAACCCGCGCCCACCACUCCCACCGCGCCCACAACCACCACUAAAGUUAAAUCCACCCCUGAAGCUAAAUCCACUAAACCAGAGGAUUCGGAACAAUAGUUUUUUUAUUAUACUAACUGCUUCACUCACAGUCGUCACUAAGGGACUGUGUGUGUGGCAAUUUAUUAUUAUGUUAGUAAUUAAGUACACCACAUAGAACAUACUAAAUCUUGUAUGUACAUUGUUCUGGUGUUUUUUAUUGUAAGGGAAUAUAAUCGCAUAUUUAUAAAAUGUACUG